AUGGCAAAAGGUGGUAAUAGUCAUAGAAAUACAUUGAAAAACGACCACAAACCAUUCAAAUCAAAACAUGCAACAAAAGGUCAAUUAAAAAAUCAAUAUAAAGGUAAAGUUGAAAAAACAACCACCAACAACAAACAAAACAAAACAUUGAAUAAACUCGAGAGAAAAAAUUUAUCUAAACAAUUGAAAGAUCAAAAAAUUUUAGAAACUAAAAUCACUAAAAAAUUAUUUGAAGGGAAUUCAGGAGCUGCCAAAAUCAUCACAAUAAUAUGUUUAACUAAAGAUAUAUCUCCAGAAACUAUAGCAAAUCAAUUGUUUAAUUCAGAAGAUCAAGAAACUAAUAUACAAUUCUCACAUCCAUCAAUCAACAACCUCAAAAUCAAUAAAUUUAAAACAAACCUAAAGAUAGUAAUACCAGACCACAACAACAUUUUACAAGUAUUAGACAGUGCAAGAAUAUCAGAUUUUAUAAUAUUUGGAUUAUCAGCAACAAGUGAAGUAGAACCUGAUUUUGGUGAGACUAUAUUACGUGCAUUAUUAGCUCAAGGUAUAGGAUCAGUUAUUGGAGUUAUCCCAAAUUUAAUUACUGCUUACCCUAAAAAGAAUUUACAAUUAGAUGUAAAACAAUCAUUACAAUCAUUUUUCAAUCAUUUCUUUCCAGUGGAAGAUAAUAAAUUAUUUAGUUUGGAGAACGAUUCAGAAAACUCAAAUUGUUUAAGAUAUUUAUGUCAAAAAUUUCCACAACUGAUAAAUUGGAGAGAUUCAAGAGGUUGGGUUGUUGCUGAUAAUUUAUAUGUUAAUGAAUCAUAUGAUGGAAUUAUAGUGGAAGGUACUUGUAGAGGUACGGGGUUAAAUGUUAAUAGAUUAGUUCAUAUACCAAAUUAUGGAGAUUUUCAAGUUGAUAGAGUUGAAAAAAUUAAAAAGUCUACAAACUCAAAGAGAAAUGAAAUGUCAAUUGAUGAAGAUAUUGAAGAAGGAUUUGUACCCAAUGUAACUCAAGACUCUCUAGAUGAAUUGAAUCCUAUAAAAGAUGAACACAACGAAAAUGAUGAUAUAAUGUGGGAAGAUGAAGAUAUGAAUGAUUUAGGAGUUAGAUCAGAAGGUAAAAUAUAUUUUAAUGAUGAUGGAAUUAAAACUAAUGAACCUAAAAAAGUACCAAAAGGAACAUCAGAAUAUCAAAGUAGAUGGUUUGUAGAUGAUGUACUAGAUGAAGACGCUUCAGAUUUAGAGGAAGAACAACCAAGCAUUGCGGAGGUAGAAGAAAAUAUAGAUGAACAAAUGGAUCAAGAUAAUGAAACAAUGUCAACUUAUGCAGAAUCAGAAAUGCAUAUAGACUUAUCACCAGAAGAAGAACAAAGACAAUUAGAAGAAUAUAGAAAUUUAGCUAAAGAUGAUUUAGAAUUCCCUGAUGAAAUUGAAUUACAUCCCCAUGAUUUGGCAAGAGAAAAAUUGAAGAACUAUAGAGGUGUUAAAUCUUUAGGUGGUUGUGAUUGGGAUGUCAAUGAGGAAAAUUCAGAUAGACCUUUGGAGUGGAAUGAAUUAUUUAAAGUUUCAAAUUUCAAAGCUACUAAGAAUAGAAUAAAUAAAGAUUUUAUCAAAAAUAUUGAAGUCCAAUCUGGGACAUACAUUAGAAUCUUCAUAAAAGCACCAAAAGUCAUAGCUACAAAUUACAAUACCACAAAACCAUUUGUUCUUUUUGAAUUAUUACAUGAUGAACAUAAAUUAGCCAUCACAAACUUCUCAUUUGAAAAUUGGGAAGAAUAUGAAGAACCUAUCCCAAACAAAGAAUCAAUUAUAGUCCAAUACGGACCACGUAGACAAAUCAUUAGCCCAUUAUUCAAUCAAGCAUCAAAUAACUCAAAUAAUGUUCACAAGCAAGAAAAUUUCCAACAUCAAGGUAUGACAACAAUAGCAACUGCAAUAACACCAAUCUGUUUCACAAACUCACCCGUAAUUUAUUUCAAAAUGAAUAACGAAAAAGUAGAAUUUUUAGGAAAAGGAACCUACUUAGGAGGUGAUUACUCACGAAUAGUAGUAGAGAGAAUAGUAUUAACAGGUCAUCCUGUAAAAAUCCACAAAAACGUAGUUACUAUAAGGUACAUGUUUUUCAAUGCAGAAGAUAUAAAUUUUUUCAAAGCUGUUCAAUUAUUUACCAAAAGUGGUAGAACUGGAUAUAUUAAAGAAAGUUUAGGAACUCAUGGAUAUUUUAAAGCUACUUUUGAUGGGAAAUUGACUUCUCAAGAUAUUGUUGGGAUGAGUAUGUAUAAACGUGUAUACCCUGAAAUGUCAAAGAUGUUUAUAGAAUAG